GAGAAGAAAUUAAUUGACGGCUAAACUUAAACCCAGACGAAACCUCCGAUCACUUUCUCUCGGUCCCUUCCUCUUCCUCCUUCUCGCCUUUACAUACACCUAUACACGGAAUUACUUCCGUCUAUACCUCUUUUUCCGUCGAUUAGAUAAGCUUUCACCAUCGGCGGCGAGGGAGAGGUGAAUUUCGUCUCCCGAUGACUCUAAGCCGCGCCGAUUCCUCCAACUCUAACCGAUCCUCUUUCUCCGCCGUGGCUGGAACCGAUCAUCACAAACGGAAACUCGACGACUACGCCUCGUCGUCCCCUGAUCACGGCGGUGAUCUCCUCCUAAAGAUGAAGAGGCACGAGGUAAACGCCGAUCACUUGUCGGCGUUUCAGAAAUCGUUUCUCACGUGGAGCUACGGCGGCAAUUCCGGCCUGAAUCGGUCGUUUGCUCCGGCCGCGGAGUGUUCUUCCUCUUCUUCCUCUCGCGUUCCCGAGUCGUCCGGGUUGUCCGAGUCGACUCGUUUGCAAAUCUUCGUGAGGAUGAUGUCAGGAGGGAAAACGAUCGUGAUCCACGCCGAUAGAAACGACACCGUGUUGAUUCUUCACGAGAGAAUCGAGUGGAAAACUAAGAUUCCGGUGACGGAGCAACGGGUUAUCUACAAAGGUAAGCAGCUGCAGCUCGAGCACACUCUCAGCUACUACUCGAUCGAGCAAGACGCUUCGCUCCAGCUUGUUGGAAGGAUGCAGAGCACGGAGCAUCCGGUGGCUUGGCAAACUGUUGAUGAUAUCAUGUACACAAUCUCUCGAAUGCACAGAGGCGAGAUUCUCUUCUCCAUCGACAACAUCAACGAGAAGCUCGUUAAGUUUUUCGCCUCGAUUCCUGUAAAAGAAGAGAAUGCGACUGCCAAGUAUAUCAAGAUUUUCUCGAGCUCUUCGGUUCCAGCUGCUCUGGUAAUGCUCUACGCUUCUAAGUUAGAGAUUAACAAAGCCUGUGCUAAGAGCUCCAUCAAGCUCUUCUUGAAUAGUUGCAUAGGUUUGCCUCAGAAACAGAAGAACUAUUGUUUACCGGUCGUUUUAGAGUUCUGUAGAUUGCUAAGGAACGUUUGCUCGAAUAACAAGCUGUAUCUUGCUUCCCGGAACACCUUGGGAUCAAUGCUGGAAUCGCUUAGUGAGGAUGAUGCUCGAAUUCAUUGUGGAUCGUUGGCUUUUAUGGACGAGAUUUUCCCGUUCGUAACCGAGUGUGCUGAUGGUGUGGUGUCAGAGUUACUCGGUAAUGAAGGGCCUAGUUUAUGUGACGUUCAGAAAUUCUCUUCCUUUUGGAGAUGCUUGAGGAGGGUCAUUGUACUCCAUUCUGCCACCUGCAUUCCCAUUGCUUUACCUCUGCGAAACAGCGGAUUGGAAAAGGAGAUUGAAAAGCUUUCUCGGAUGUUCAAAAAGCUGUUGACUACAAUGGACAUUUGUAUGUUGAGAAUCGAAACUUUGUUGGGUAGAAGAGGAGUUGCCAAUAUUGAAGCUGUGUCUGCAAAAUGGUCUCAGUUUCUUGCUAUUCUGAAGAUCAUCAAUUCAAUGUCUGAUCUCUAUCAAGGUGCCAAGGAACAGGUAGCUUGUCUUUUGAAUAACAGGAAGGUUUCAUUCUGCGCCAUCGUUUUGAAAUUUGCAAAAAGAGGCGAUGAUCACCGAUGGAUCUUUGAGUACAAGGAAGCUACAACCUUUGAAUCUAGGAGGCAUUUGGCAAUGCUGUUGUUUCCUGACGUGAAAGAAGACUAUGAGGAGAUGCACGAAAUGCUCAUUGAUCGGUCCAAUUUGUUAUCUGAAUCGUUUGAGUACAUAGCGAGCGCAACCCCUGGGGCACUUCAUGGUGGACUGUUCAUGGAAUUCAAGAAUGAGGAAGCUACAGGUCCUGGUGUUCUAAGAGAAUGGUUCUAUUUGGUUUGUCAAGAGAUAUUUAAUCCGCAAAAUACUCUCUUUCGUCGAUCUGCUGAUGAUUUUAGAAGAUUCUCUCCAAAUCCAGCAUCCCAGGUGGAUCCAUUGCAUCCAGAUUUCUUCGAGUUCACAGGUCGUGUGAUUGCUUUAGCUUUGAUGCACAAAGUUCAAGUAGGGGUGCUAUUCGAUCGUGUUUUCUUCUUACUGUUGGCCGGACGGAAAAUUUGUUUGGAAGAUAUCAAGCACACCGAUAGAAUCAUGUACAAUAGCUGCAAACAGAUUCUAGAAAUGGAUCCAGUGGAGUUCGAUUCAAACGGAGGUCUUGGUCUAACAUUUGUGUUGGAAACCGAGGUGCUUGGAAAAAGGGAUACACUAGAGCUAUGUGCAGGCGGGAAAUCAGUUGCUGUUACCAGCAGGAACAGGGAUCAAUACGUCAAACUCCUAAUCGAACAUCAAUUCGCCAGAUCAAUCUCCGAGCAAGUGGAGCAAUUUUCACAGGGUUUCUUUGAUGUCCUUUCAGAUACCGAAAUGACCAAAUCAUUUUUCAGGAGAAUUUACCCUGAGGAUCUCGAUGGGAUGCUUCGAGGAGGUGAAAACCCGUUAAGCAUAGAUGAUUGGAAAGCGCAUACACAGUACAACGGAUUCAACGAGAACGACCACCAAAUAGACUGGUUCUGGAAGAUUAUGAAGAAGAUGACAGAGGAAGAGCGGAGGAGUGUACUCUUCUUUUGGACAUCGAUUAAGUUUAUACCAGUGGAAGGGUUUAGAGGGCUACCGUCAAAGCUUUACAUAUAUAGAUUAUAUGAAGCUAAUGAUCGUCUUCCAGUGUCUCACACUUGCUUUUACCGUCUCUCUUUACCAAGCUACACGUCGAUGGCUCUCAUGGAGCAACGACUUCGAUUCAUCGCUCAAGAUCAUGUCAGCUCCAGUUUCGGUAAAUGGUGAAGAAAUAGUGUGUCUCUAUCUCUCUCUCUGGUCAUUAGGUUCGUAGAUUGGUGCUUUUGGUGUACAGAUUUAGCUGUGGUCAAGCUCUGUUUAUGACCGGGGGAGAAAGGUGAAAAGACCUUUCUUAAUUUCUUGUUUUUUUUUUUUUUGAUGUUUAGCUUAUGAAUAAAUUAAUCUCUUUUUAAACUUAUGUCAAGGAGGAAAAGUUAUAAAAUAACAGUGUCGUUUUAA